AGGUAGAAAUGGUUCCUGGUUUAAGACCAUUACUCCAACUAUUGCGUCAAAGAAUCGCCAUUUGACGUACCUGGAAGAGAUAUAACGAACACAAGACCUGAUAUCAUCGCUGAGUUUUAAAAGUUACGUCGGCAUGGUUACAGUCCCGUCAGAACUCGGCCAGGAAUACCGUGACAUCUCAUCGGAAUGUCUGUGGAGAAUCACCACCACGAUCUGAACUUGAGGAUGUGACGUAAAGAAAUUUAGCAGGAUGGAAGUUAAUACGCGGACUAUUUGCCUGACGACCUUCUGUGUAUUCCUACUUUUUAACGUUGCGGAAAGUUUAAGAUGUAGAUACUGCGCGGGGCAGCUUCAUGACACGCAGUGCAAUGAUACUUACCUGUGUCAGGAUCAGGAAUACUGCUACAGAGUUAAUUACUACUGGGACGGGUAUUAUUGGGCUGCUUGGGGAUGUGUGGACGGGUUCCAGCUUGAAGAUGAUGAGAUAUGUGGAGACCGGUUGUACGGUAAGAACCCGCGCAGAGACAAGUGCCAGAUAACACUCUGUAACGACGCGCAUGAGUGUAACUCGUCUCCAAGGAGCAGAUAUGUGUCGCUAUGGUUACUGUCUGCUGGAAUUGGGGCUGCCGCUCUUUUCAGGGGACGUUUUGAAUAAUCAGUUGUUAUAAUGGUGUAAAAAUGUAGUUUUUGACAAACGAAAUCGCUGUGGACUCACGAUAAAUACGUUAUCUUUUAGAUGAGAUUCAGGUAAAAAUGAGAUAAGAUAAACUGCGAGAUUAUUGCUUUGUUUACUAUUACGACAGAUAUUAUGUUACUUUUGCUUUUAAUUCUGGGAUUAUUUUGUGUUAUUUUUGCAUAAUUUAUUAAUUUAGCUUAACUUGCAUAAUUUGUUAAUUUUACUUUACUCGAACUUCCUGUUAAAUGCAUUCAGAAUUUCCAUGUAAAAUUCAUAUCAUACACUGUAUAAGAUUGAACUUAUGCGAUUUCUAAUUAUUGUUUAAUGCAGUAUUUAACGCUCUCGAUGGUAUAAUCUUUAUUAUCAUAAGCGUAAGAUAAUUUGUUAAAGAGAUGGAAAAACUAUAAGUUUCAUACUAACAACUUAGAAGUGUUAAGUUUUGUUCUGUUUUCAAUUUGUGCUUAGCGAAAAGAAUUUUAAAAUUCUGAUUGUACUUUUGCUCAGCUUAUCUUAAAUGGAAA